GCUGAGUCUUGAUUUUCCCAAUAGUCAUUGAAGGCAUCAGCAGAGGAUGAAGGGAGCCUGGCAAAGCUGUCGCAAAGCUAACGUUAUCUGUGUACGGCUAGGACCUGUCAAUGUGUUAGCUACUGUAGCUUUGUCAACAUGCACUUAAAUGUCUGUCUAGUCUGUCUAUAUUUUAGUCGUUAUCCCGUGGCUUUCUCAACGGCUUGUUAACAAAUUUACAAUGGAAUUUUUUAACGAGCCAAGCUAGCAAGACAUUUUUUUCGCGUCGUAGCCACUGUCAGCUAACAGCUAAGCUAAGUUAACCAAACCAAACGAGCUGUUGUUAGCUUAAGCUAGCUUGGUGAAUAUGGCGAUUGUGUCUGGCUCCUGUGCCAGGGUAAACGGUUCGAGAACUGUGCCCUCUGUGUCGGCUACACCUUCUGGGUCCGUUGGACAGUCUCAGCCCAUGAUAGCAGUAUGGGAAUGGCAAGAUGAUCUUGGCUAUUGGCGGCCUUACAGUGGCCAAGUGAGCGCCCACAUCGAGCGGUGUCUGUCACCGCGGGGCCAGAGAGGAGGAGGACCCGGCUUAACGAGCAUCUGCCUUGGACAAUCAGACCCCAGCCUGUCGCCCUAUCUCAUUGACAUACCAAGCUUGAAACAGUUUCGGCAGGACACCGGAAAGACUCGGUCAGUACGUCGAUCUCUGUUUGCUCAGUCCUCAGGCCUGGGCAGUGGUGUUUACUGGGAAUGGGCCAAUGACGAAGGAGGAUGGACUCCAUAUGAGACUCGAACCUCUAUCCUUUUGGAGCAUAGCUAUCAGGCCCGGCAGGGCACGGCAGACUUGGGCACACAUGGAUACAAUUACAUAGUGGAUCUCACAUCUCUGGCCCAGGUUAACAAAUCCACAGGCUUCAGGCGGCAAGUGCGGCGCCAAUGUAACCUUCCAUACCCAUUGGCCUCCUCUGGCCCCCCAGCCAUCCCCUCAGGCCCUGCAUGCUCUUGCCAGCAGUGUUUGAGCCACAGCAGCACAGGGCCUAUGCCCAGCCGUUCACGACAUUCCUUUUCAUCAGGGAGUCUGAACAGGCCCAGCCUCCAAGGGACAGGGAGGGCUGCAGCGGCUCACCCCACUUCUGUGUAUUCACCAUACCCCAGAAGACCCCUCUCUGUCGGGGGAAUGUCCUGGGGAAGCCCCUGGCCACCACCACCCUCUGGUAGUCAGCUGUCUGCACCGCUUCUGACCAGUUCUACCAGCACAAAUGGGUUAAGUGUUCCUUCUAUCUCUGUGCAGCUGAAUGGAUCUACCAGUGUGAGCUCUGCUUUGGCAGGCAUGGCCUCCAUUUUGAUGUCAGCAGUGGGACUCGGCGUGCACUUCACCAAUGCCCCCCUCUCUCAGCAGCCGCAGCAGCAACCUGCUCCUUUCUCUCUUCCUCCUCCUCUCCUCCCCUCAGCCAGCAGGCCCAGCAAGCCCCACAGCAGCAGCAGCAACAGCAGCAGUUCAGUUAGAAGAGCAAAGAGACAGCACAGGAGAGCAUCAGCUCCGAAACCUGAGGAGGUGAUUCAGCGCUACAUGGAGGUAUUAGACGACGUGCCGGAUGAGGACUGCAUUAUUUGCAUGGAUCAACUGUCCAAUCCAUCCGGCUACGAGACGCCCUCCUCAGAAGAGGGAGGCCACAGCAUCCUGGCAGACACCGUGGGAAAAUUCAUCAAAUGUGGACACACACUGCAUAUGCUCUGCAUGCUGGCUAUGUACAACAACGGGACAAAGGACGGCAGCCUGCAGUGCCCCUCAUGUAAGGCAAUCUAUGGAGAGAAGACUGGCACCCAGCCCAAAGGCAAAAUGGAAAUUUACAGCAUCGCCCAGUCGCUGCCAGGUCAUCCAGACUGCGGAACCAUUCAGAUUAUCUACAGCAUACCACCUGGCAUACAGGGCCCCGAGCAUCCCAAUCCAGGACAGCCGUACACCUGCAGAGGUUUCCCUCGCUUUUGUUUUCUUCCAGACAACGACAAGGGCAGGAAGGUGCUGGAGCUACUGAAGGUGGCGUGGAUGCGGCGACUCAUCUUCACCGUGGGUACAUCCAGCACCACCGGAGAGCCUGACACUGUGGUGUGGAACGGCAUCCACCACAAAACAGAGAUGAUGUCCAACCUGUCGGGCCAUGGCUACCCCGACCCCAACUACUUGGACAAUGUUCUGUCUGAGCUGGCCUCUCAGGGCGUGACAGAGGACUGCCUCACACCUCCAGGCAACAGCAGCUAGGCUCCGAGCUCCGAGCCUGGCGCACUGCCACUCAGUGUUGACCACGAAGUUCACCUUUCAAACAUCCACCUGUGUGGCCAGGUAAACCUCCUGCUACCUUUCCAUUAUUUAGUUAAUGUUGGCAUCUGCCCAAAUCUCCGAGUGAGCAGAGGCGGAGAAGCGAGUUGAAUAAAGGCCUUGAAGGCCUUGAAGCUUCUGUGGGAGGCUGCACAGU